AGAAGUGUCCGUUCAGUGGUGGUUUUGCAUAUGCGGGGUCCUGCAGCCGUCACCACCAGAUCGGAGUUGCGGAGGGAAGUCACCGCACGGGAUCGCGGAGGAGUCCGCGGACGUGGCGCCACGCCUGCACUUUGAGUCGCCCGCUCCAGGGCAGACGCGGAGCCUUCGAGAGCCUUAGACUGCCCCGGGUCCCUCAGGAGCCAUGUGGCUGGAGAUUCUCCUCUGCUUCGUGCUGGGCCUUGUCGUCUACUGGUUCGUCUCCUGGGACAAAGAGGAAACGCUGCCAUUUGAAGACGGGUGGUGGGGGCCCGGGCCCAGGCCCCCCACCGAGGACGAGAGCAUUCGCCCUUUCAAGGUGGAAACAUCAGAGGAGGAGAUCGAUGAUUUACACCAAAGGCUCAGGAAGGCCCGCUUGACCCCGCCCCUGGAGAACAGCCGCUUCCACUACGGUUUCAACUCCAACCACCUGAAGAAAGUCCUCUCCUACUGGCAGAACGAAUUCGACUGGAGGAAGCAGGUGGAGGUUCUCAACAGGUACCCCCACUUCAAGACGAAGAUUGAAGGACUGGACAUCCACUUCAUCCACGUGAAGCCCCCCCAGCUACCCUCCGGCUGCACCCCGAAGCCCUUGCUGAUGGUGCAUGGCUGGCCCGGCUCCUUCUACGAGUUUUAUAAGAUCAUCCCGCUCCUGACCGACCCCAGGAACCACGGCCUGGGCGACAAGCAUGUGUUUGAAGUCAUCUGCCCUUCCAUUCCUGGCUACGGCUUCUCGGAGGCGGCCUCCAAGAAGGGCCUGAACUCGGUGGCGGUCGCCAGGAUCUUUUACAAGUUGAUGCUGCGGCUGGGCUUCCAGGAAUUCUACACUCAAGGCGGGGACUGGGGCUCCCUGAUCUGCACCAACAUGGCCCAGCUGGCGCCCAGCCACGUGAAAGGCCUGCACGUGAACAUGGCGUUCGUUUUAAGAAAUUUCUACACCCUGACCCUCUUCCUGGGAGCGCGUCUCCAGACGUUUUUGGGCUACACCGAGCGCGACGUGGAGCUGAUGUUCCCUCUGAAGGAGAAGAUGUUCUACAGCCUCAUGCGGGAGAGCGGCUACAUGCACAUCCAGAGCACCAAGCCCGACACCGUGGGCUGUGCCCUGAAUGACUCUCCAGCGGGACUGGCGGCCUACCUUCUGGAGAAGUUCUCCACCUGGACCAACACAGAGUUCCGAGACCGGGAGGACGGCGGCCUCUUGGGGAAGUUCUCCCUGGACGACCUGCUGACCAUCGUCAUGAUCUACUGGACCACGGGCACCAUCACCUCCUCCCAGCGCUUCUACAAGGAGAACAUGGGAGGCAACUUCUUGUCUGACAAGCACCAUCGGAUGAAGGUCUACGUGCCCACAGGCUUUGCUGCCUUCCCCUGUGAGUUAUUGCAUGCCCCGGAGAAGUGGGUGAGGGUCAAGUACCCGAAACUCAUCUCCUACUCCUACAUGGCCCGCGGGGGCCACUUCGCUGCCUUCGAGGAGCCGGAGCUGCUGGCCCAGGACAUCUGCAAGUUCGUGGGGCUGGUGGAGCGGCAGUGACGCCCCUCCGUGGCGGGCUCCCUCGUUGACACCGGCCCUUCCUCCCGGAAGCCGUCUCCCGGUGCCACUACCCUCGGAGCAGGGCUGGCGGGGAGCGGCCUCCGUCUCCCCUCGGUGAAGGUGCCCCUUGCCUGAGGAACGGGUCUGCUUCCGUCCCCUACCCAUCCGGGACCCCUCCCCCACUCACCACCUCCGCACGCACUCCCCCACAUACGUGUUAAGCAACAUGGCUUUGAUGAUAAAUAGUUUUACUUUGAAGAGCA